UUUAGUAUCCAAAUAAAUGCUUGUGGAAUAAAUCCUCCAAAUGUAGGAGUUUGUGUGCAGUUAAACAUUAACAACAUGCAAGUAAACAGUGCCGUUCGGCCUUUUACUCAGUCUGUGAAAGAGCUGGAGAAGAUUUUAUAUGGAGGGAGAAGAUCUGGAAACCAUCUGGAUGAAGUUUGGCCAAACGUCUUUAUUGGGGAUAUGUCGGUAGCUAAUGAUCGCUACAGCCUGUGGAAGCUUAGAAUCACUCAUGUUGUGAAUGCAGCUCAUGGGAAGAUGCACUCUCAGGGGAGUCAUGACUUCUAUGGACCCACAGUGAAUUAUUAUGGGAUCCCAGCAGACGAUUCUCCAUCAUUUAACCUGUCUUGCUAUUUCUUUCCUUCGGCUGAGUACAUUCAGAAAGCUCUUAACACAAAUGACGCUAGAGUUUUAGUCCACUGUGCGGUUGGAGUGAGCCGGUCAGCCUCCAUUGUUCUGGCCUUCCUGAUGAUCCAGCAUCAUUACAGCGUGGUGGAGGCCAUCAGUAAGGUCAAAGAGCACAGAUGGAUUUUCCCGAACAGAGGCUUCCUCAGACAACUUUGUGCUUUGGAUAAACAACUUAAAAAAUGACUUCUACUCAACAAAACCUUCUGUUGUAUGUCAGAAAAUGACCUUACUGUUGAGACGUUUCAGGAAUGCAUAAUACUGUUUACAAGAUGAUAUAAAUGGAUGAAAGAAAAGAAAAGAGACAAAUUACUUUAAUCACUUUUGUUGCUCAAGUAUACUUCUUUAACUUCGUUUUUUUUUUGUAUUUUUUGUUAGUUGAAUGGGUCUUAUAGGCUUUAAUAAGCUGCAGCGUCUGCCUACGUCCUUUCUCAUGUUAUUUCUCUUAAGUUCUAUCAAAUUGAGACUUUUUUCCCCUUAAAUAAAAAGGAUUGAAUGAGUGAAUGAAUG